AUGAAUCAACUUAGCCACAUUAUUUAUCCAUCGCUUAUUAUAAAAAUCAUUCUAAAUUUAAUACACGUUGGACAAGUCACUGCAUACCCACUCUUGACCAGAGAAAACGGAAAAGAUAUUGAUACAAUAACAUCAUCACCAUCCGGUAAUAAUCAGUUGUUUAAAGUUGCAGUUAUCGAAGUAGAAUAUACUCCUGUUCAAAAGGUAGGUCUCGGUAUUGGAGGAUUUAUUGCUUUAUCUAUAUGUAUCUACACUAUUAUAAUAUUGUGUAAAAGGACUGGUGAAGUUGGUGAAGUUGGAGUUGGUGGCGUUGGAUGUAGUGGAUGUUGCAUGUUGUUGUGA